AUGUUUUCCUCUAUCGCCAGCGCCCCGGCGAAACAAUCAGUCGGAGAGACCAUCGACGUUCUAAGUGGUCGUCUUAGUUCCGCAACUUUGUUGGAAGACCGAAGAGCGGCCAUCCUGGGUCUCCGGAGCUUUGCUAAAGACUUUCCAGCAUCUGUUGCUUCGGGUGCCCUAAGAAGUCUGAUUGGAAGCUUGAGCAAAGAUGGAGAAGAUGUCGACACAGUCAAGGUGGUUCUUGAAACACUAUUGAUGCUCUUCAAUCCGAAUGAGGAUAGUCCCGAGGCCUCGGAAGAGAUUGCUCUUUGGCUCGCGGAUGAAUUUACUCAACGUCAAGAGAACAUCACAUUGCUACUAGCUUUCCUUGAUACCAACGACUUCUAUUCUCGCCUUUAUUCUCUCCAAUUACUUGCCGCUAUCCUUUCAGCUCGAACAGAACGCACCGAGGAAUGCAUCUUCACUGCACCCCUGGGAAUACCACGAUUAGUUUCUGUACUUGACGACCAACGCGACGCUAUACGCAACGAAGUUAUUAUUCUCCUAACAUAUCUCACGCCAACAUCGAUCGAAAUACAGAAAUUAGUCGCUUUUGAGAAUGCCUUCGACCGACUGUUUGCCAUUAUUGAAGUAGAUGGUGCCUUAGCUGAGGGUGGGCGUACCGUUGAGGAUUGUUUAAUUCUUUUGGCAAAUCUACUCCGAUCAAACAGCUCGAACCAGUCGCUGUUUCGAGAGUCAGGCUGCAUAAACCGUCUUACGGAUUUGCUGGGGCGUGUUCUUGAACCUCAAUCUGAUGGGUCGGAGAUUGCUUCAUGGGCAACAGCGCAACGCAAUCGGAACGUGUAUGCUUUUCUUGCCGUUAUACGUCUUUUUGUUGUUCGAGGAUCAGCAGGUACAAACCUGAAUCAAGCGGCAAUUUGGAAGCAUGGUCUUACCUAUUACGUUCUUCAGUUAGCCUUCAACCAUGAGGCUCAGACGCAAAUUAAAGCCGAGGCAUUGAUAACUUGUGGUGACUUGAUCUGUCGAAAUGCGCCUCUUCAAGAAGCGUUCGCUCAAAUGACAGUCCUAUCCCCUUUGGAUAAGGAUGGUGGAGUUGGUAGGCAGAACAGUCAACAGGACAAAAUCUUCGUUAUUGACGGAUUGCUGGACCUCACACUUUGUUCACAAGACCUCCAAGAGUUUGACGUGCGAUUUGCGGCGGCUGGAUGUCUAGAGGCGUAUUUUGCUCAUCAUUCGGCUGUCAAGUUGCACUUCCUUGGCAGAGCCAUCGAAGGCCAUCAAUCUGGUGCCAAUGAGCCCUCUAAUAUUCUAACAGUUCUUCUACAGCCUUCAGCUGAAGCUAAUGAUCCAUAUCGACAAUGGUUUGCUGCCGUGAUUGCGUUUCAUCUGCUUCACGAAAAUCCAGAAGCCAAAGCAGAAGCUAUGAGGCUCACCGAGGGUGACUCAGAGGAUGGUGAGGAGGUAGUGACUGGCAUACAAACCCUGACAGCACACGUAAUAUCAGGCCUUCGCCGCAACGAUGACCCUCGCGUUUUGGUGGGGUAUCUUAUGCUUCUUCUGGGCUGGCUUUUCGAGGAUCUCGAUGCUGUUGACGAUUUUCUCACAGAAGGGAGUAAUGUACAGAGCCUGAUUCAAGCUGUCUCGCAACCUCGACCUACAGUCAGUGAUGAGCUUGUUCAAGGACUAUGCACCAUGUUAUUGGGCACUGCUUAUGAGUUUUCCACCAAAGACUCGCCGAUCCCACGCGCAACCCUGCUUGACAUUUUAACGUCUCGAAUUGAUCGAGAUUUAUACUUGAGUCGUUUAUCAAGGCUUCGUAGCCACCCCCUCAUACGCGACUUUGAGGUUUUGCCUCAAAAGCUUGAUGUCUCAUCUCCUGGUCGAUUACCAGACGUCUUCUUUGACCAAGCAUUUGUUGAAUUUUUCAAAGACAAUUAUAGUCAAAUAGCGCGUGCUAUUGAUAGGGAACCCGGCAUGGAGAUAUCGGUCAUCACUAACGGUGUUCAGAAGGGCGUCUCCAGGGAGCUGGUGGACUCUCUGAGGAGUCAAGUUGAGGAAAAGCAAAAUGCUGUAAACCAAGCACAAGAAGCAUUAACUGCGCUUCAGGGGCGGCUUGGUCAAGAGCAGGCUGACCAUCGACGUUCUCAGGAAACUGCUGCCACGGAAAUGCAACGACUGAAAGCAAUCAAUGAGGGUCUACAGAAGAAUCAUGGCGAUGAACUGCGGAAACUUCAAACCCAGUUAGCAUCCAAAGAGAACGAUCAACGGAAACAUGUCGCCCAGCUUCAGUCUCAAUAUUCGGCCAAAGAGAACGACUACCAGAAGCAAAUUGCUCAACUGCGGUCGCAACAAGUCGCACAGGACAGCAGUUACCAGAAGCAGCUUGAGCAGGUUCGAAAAACGGCCGAAGCUGAGGCGGAAAAGAUCAGACGGCGUACAGAUGCCGACAUAGCUGGCCUUCAGGCCACAAUCAGUCGUCUUGAGGCUGAUCUGAUGAAGUCUCAAAAGGAGCUCAAUGCGCUUCAAAUAUUGCGCAAGAGAGACCUGGAUGAACAGAAGGAAAUGCACGAGGCGGCGUUGAGUGAUCUCCGGAGAAAUAAAGAUAAAGAGAUAGAAGACGUCAAGGCCAGAGCCGAUGAAAAGGAGCAGGAACACAAAAAGAACAUGGACGAACUUGGCAAGCAAAAGGAUACCAAGAUAGAAAUUCUCCAGCAACGCAACAAGGGUGACCUGGAACAGCAGAAAUCAAUGACCCUCAAGGCAGAGGAGAAGUGCCAGCAUCUUGAGAAACAAUUGAGUGGCGGAGAUGCUGGAAUGAAAGACAUGCAAACCAGACUCGAAAAGAUGGAAUCAGAGUUGUCGGCAGCAAACAAAGCUAGGGACACGGCUGAGAAGCAUUUGUCUGAAUUCAAAGAGGCAGCGAAGAACGAGGCAGCGAAAGCGAAAGCUGAGGUUGAAAAGCAGUUAUCAGAGUCGAUGGAAGCUCGAGAAACGACACAGUCAGAACUUGAUGAUCUUCUAAUGGUGUUUGGCGACUUGGAAGAGAAGAUGACAAAGUAUAAGGACCGCUUGAUUGAGCUUGGUGAAACCGUAUCAGAUGGCGAAGACGACGAUGAGGAUGAAGAUGCGUCUGAUGCUGAUGGCUCUGAAGAGUCUGACAACAACGAUGAUGAGAAAGACGAAACGAAGGAGCAACCGAAAUCCAAAUCAAAAAGGUAA